CUGCUCACCCAGUCUGUUCUGCAGAACACAUUUACUCAGAGUCAGACUCGGACGAGGGAUGAGUGAGAACUAGUUUCUGGCUUGGUGAUGUGCCCAUAGACUGCUGGAUCAUAAGGAUGCGCGGGAUGUUGGAGAGGUAGAGCUUCUUAAACUGUUGGAUUGUACCUUUUGUAUUUGAACGCAAUAGUGAAGAAGAUGAUGGUCCCUGCCGCUUGUAGGAAAGCUCUGCAGGUGUGUUUACUCCUGCCGUUGCUUGGACAGAUUCACUGCAGAGUGACGGCGCCGGGGCGGCUGGAGGCUCCAGUGCAGCAGCCCUUCGUUCUGACCUGCAGUGUCUCCAGGGAGCGGGGCGAGUCGCUGAAGGAGGUGCAGUGGCUGGACUCCCAGAACCAGACGCUGCUGCGCUACCACCCCGGCAACAGAGACAGCGUGAGCGGGCAGCAGCACGUGGAGCUCUCCACCUCCCCGAAGGACAGCUCAGCAAUCAAGAUCCGCAGGGUGGGCUUCCGAGAUGAGGGAUGCUACACCUGCAUCUUUCACCUGCAUCCCACCGGGCCCAAGCAGGGCCAGACGUGCCUCACUGUCACUGCACAAGUCGAGGCUGAGAGAAACAAGACGGCCGUCAGCGGGAAGAAGGCCUCCCUGUCCUGCUCCUACGGCCUGCCUGAGAAGGUUCAGCAGGUCGUGUGGAAACACACCUCCGCCCAAGGUGAGUCCAAGGACGUGGCCUCCUUCGCCAAGCGGAGCGACCCCAUGAUCGAGCCGCUGUACCAGGGGAGAGCGUGGCUCGCCGCCUCCCUGUCCGACAGUCAGCUCACCAUCCAGCCCGUGGCCAUCCAGGACGAGGGCUGCUACACCUGCCAGUACGAAACACAGUCCGAGGGACUAAAGAGCUCCGUGGUUUGCCUCUCCACCUACGUGCUGCCCAAACCUCAGGUGAGCUACAAGACCACGUCUCCAGGUGUGAUCGAGGCAAACUGCACGUCCGUGUCCCGUCCGCCGGUGGAGAUCGUGUGGAACGUGGAGACGGACAACCGCACCAUGGGCCCCCCCGUGACCACCCAGCUCCGGCAGGACGACGGCACCACGCUGGUCAUCAGCACGCUGACCGUCCGCUCGGGGCUGCUCAAAGACGUGUCCGUCAAGUGCUUGGUGCAUCACAAAGGGCUGGAGACCCCCAUCGCUGUAUCCAUGAACACUAAGAUUGGCACGGCUCUCGCCAUCCUGAUUUCAGUCACCACGGUAGCGGCUCUGCUGGUUAUGUCCCUGUGCUUCUGCCUCUGGAAGUGUUUUUUACGUAAAGAAGAUGAUUAAACCUACACAGAACACCCAACGCUGAUAAGAGGAGGCCGUGCUUCUCAGGACCAGCUGAAGAAGAUGAUUUCCCUGCUGCAUCACCUUGCUCAUCACUAUAUCGGUGCAAAGGGAAGAUGCUCCGGCGCACCUUUGCAGGACCUCCAGUACAAUCCCCAUUAUGACCACCGACUGGACAAUGACAUUCAGCUCUGCUCUGCUGCCUCUUUAUGUGACUCUUGCAUAAUCUCCAGGCUGUCCUCACAUGGUGUCUAUGAGAAGCGCUUAAUCAGAUCUUUUCUCUCUCUCUCUCUCUGAAUCAGCGACUCUGUGACUGAUUGAGUCGAAGGCCACACAUUCCACGACCAAACGCAGCGUCUCUGUGGUUUUGCAGCAUGUUGCAUGGGCUUGAAAAACACCUUCCCUUCUUAACGGGCCCUCAAAGUUUUUAUUUCUCGUUCCCUUCUUGUUUUGAAUCUGGCGAAAAGAUCACAAACACAUUUCCCGAGUCACACAAUGGACACUUUGGGCUAUUUUGGGAACCCACGUGCAAUUUUUUAUCAGUAAGAAAAAUAAAAGAACCGUAUCCUUCAGCUAAUUGGAGCAAUGAGGUGAUAUUUUUCCUCCGCUUGUACCUCAGUCAGAGAGAGCUGGGUGGAGUAAUGGGUACUAUUAGAUGAACUAAAAGGGCAGCACGCUUAUAUGUUGUAAUAUCUGUUGCGACCUUUUAUGCCUGGUACAGUCUGUUUGUGAUGAGUGUGUGUGUGUGUGUGUGUUUGGAGGUGAAAUUCCUCGGUCAGAUGGGUUGAAUCAGUAGCCUGAAGAAGCAACACAGAAACCUUUUAGGUGCCCCUGAGAGGAAUGCGUGUCUUGUUGCUCGCCGUGAAGUCGGGCACUUUGUGCGUCGGUGUUUUUGAAAAAGGACUCGAGGACGAAAGGUCAAAUAUCCCAAAGGUCCCGCUCAUGUUGCUCUGGAUCAACGGGACGGCAACAGUACUGGCCUGAAACACCGUGUAGUGAUGCUUCUGGGUAAUAUUACCUUUACAUGUGACUUUUUUUUUUUUUUUAAAUCAAAGCUUCGUGUCGAAAUAACAGCGCUUAUCGAAGCAUGUGAUUUACAUCCGUCAACGUACUUACUUUAUCGACAAAAGUGUGAUUCAAGAGUCAUCGGAGUCCGGUGGGGAACGUCACAUUCCUGACCAGGAAGAGUCUCGGUGGAAAUACUGUAUUUGCAAAGUAAUCAAUCACAUCUGAACACCUCUGAAAACUGUUUGUUUUUUUUUUAAUUAACUGAAAUGUGUCAAAGCAUCUGGACCUGCUCGGAGAGACGGCGCGUUACGACCAACCACGCAUGUAAAGUUAAUGCAAUACAGUGAAGCAAACCAAAUAAUAAAAUAAUAAAGACAUGUAUACGUCUCCUAA